UCCGUACUUCUCCUCCUUUUUAAUUUUAAUUACUACAACCCAACUCUCCUUCUCUCUCUUCUCUCCUCUACCCGUUUUUUCCGCCUUCUCCGACACGACGCCGUUCACUUCGCAACCUCGUGUCCUUCCUGAAAACCACGUUCAUUGGCCGGAAAAUAGCUAUUUAAGUAGGCAGUGGCUCGACGGCUGGCUGCCGAUCAUUGAGUCAGUGAGUUUGACUUGGAAAAAAUUUGGGUUUGACUAAGGUUUGUAAAUAUAUAGAAAGAUCUGUUGAAGUUUUAGAAGGGGUUAGAGAGAGAGAGAGAGAGGUAGUGGUUAGAUGUUUAGAUGGUAAUAGAAUGAACGGAACUCCGGUGAACGAUCGGAGAGGGAGGUGGCGUUUUCGUAAAUUUCUUCACAUGGAAUGGCAGAUCUUGUUUCUUACCCUAAUAAUGCAGAACGUGACAUCGACCAGGCAUUAAUUGCUUUGAAGAAGGGUGCUCAGCUUUUGAAAUAUGGUCGUAAAGGAAAGCCUAAGUUUUGUCCGUUUAGACUUUCUCAUGAUGAAAAAACUUUAAUCUGGAUUUCAAGUAGCGGUGAAAGAAAUUUGAAGUUAGCUUUUGUCUCUAAAAUUAUUCCUGGACAAAGAACUGCUGUUUUCCAACGUUAUCUUCGUCCAGAAAAGGACUAUUUAUCUUUUUCCCUUAUUUACGACGACGGAAAACGUUCCCUUGAUCUGAUCUGCAAGGACAAAGGUGAGGCUGAAGUUUGGAUUGCGGGCUUAAAGGCACUAAUAUCCUCUGGGCAAGGUGGACGCUCCAAAAUUGAUGGAUGGAAUGAUGGAGGCCUCUACCUUGAUGAUGGCAGAGACUUAACAUCAAGUAGUGCAAGAGACAGUUCCAUUAGUGUUACUCGAGAUAUUUGCUCUCCAGAUAUUUCUGUUAGUUCUAAUACAAAUUCUUCUCCAAAAAGUUUCCGACCAGAAAAUUCUCCAAAUUCUGAUCGGUCACAUGUACCAUCAGACAACACAAAUAUGCAAGUUAAAGGAUCUGGUUCAGAUGCUUUUCGGGUUAGUGUUUCUAGUGCCCCAAGCACUUCCAGUCACGGUUCUGCACCAGAGGAUUGUGAUGCUUUAGGCGACGUAUACAUAUGGGGUGAGGUCAUUUAUGAUAAUACCGUCAAGCUUGGGGCCGAUAAAAAUUCAAAUUAUUUUAGCACUAGGGCAGAUGUGCUUCUCCCAAGGCCUUUAGAGUCUAAUGUAGUUUUAGAUGUGCACCAUAUAGCUUGUGGGGUAAAGCAUGCAGCGCUAGUAACAAGGCAAGGUGAAGUGUUUACAUGGGGUGAAGAAUCUGGUGGCCGGCUUGGCCAUGGUGUUGGGAGGGAUGUUAUUCAACCUCGUCUGGUUGAAUCUUUGGCUGUCAGCACUGUCGACUUCGUAUCAUGUGGAGAGUUUCAUACUUGUGCUGUGACAAUGGCUGGAGAACUCUACACAUGGGGAGAUGGCACACAUAACGCUGGGCUUCUUGGUCAUGGUACUGACGUCAGCCACUGGAUACCCAAGAGAAUUUCUGGUCCACUUGAGGGACUUCAAAUUGCUUCAGUUACUUGUGGUCCUUGGCAUACAGCCUUAGUAACAUCAACAGGGCAGCUUUUUACUUUUGGCGAUGGAACAUUUGGUGUGUUGGGACAUGGUGAUAGAGAAAGUGUUGCUUAUCCUAGAGAAGUAGAUUCUCUUACUGGGUUAAGGACAAUUGCUGUCGCAUGUGGGGUGUGGCAUACUGCUGCUAUUGUGGAGGUUAUUGUCACGCAGUCUAGUUCCAGUAUUUCAUCUGGAAAGUUGUUUACUUGGGGUGAUGGGGACAAAAAUCGACUUGGACAUGGAGACAAGGAACCUCGGCUUAAACCGACCUGUGUACCAGCAUUAAUUGAUUACAACUUCCACAAAAUUGCCUGUGGCCAUAGUUUGACUGUUGGCUUGACCACAUCAGGACAUGUAUUUACCACGGGUAGUACUGUUUAUGGUCAACUGGGGAAUCCUUAUGCUGAUGGGAAGCUACCUUGCUUGGUAGAAGAUAAGCUUUCUGGAGAAUGUGUUGAAGAAAUUGCUUGUGGUGCAUAUCAUGUGGCAAUUUUAACAUCCAGGAACGAAGUUUAUUCAUGGGGAAAGGGUGCCAACGGGAGGCUGGGCCAUGGUGAUGUCGAGGAUCGUAAAACACCGGCUCUAGUUGAAGCUUUGAAGGACAGACAUGUAAAGUACAUUGCUUGUGGUGCAAAUUACACUGCAGCUAUAUGUCUUCAUAAGUGGGUUUCGGGUGCUGAGCAGUCGCAAUGUUCAUCAUGUAGGCAGGCCUUUGGGUUUACUCGAAAGAGACAUAACUGCUAUAAUUGUGGUCUUGUGCACUGCCAUUCAUGCAGUUCCAAAAAAGCAACAAGAGCAGCUCUAGCGCCUAAUCCAGGAAAACCAUAUCGUGUAUGUGAUUCUUGUUUUGUAAAGCUUAACAAGGUAUCGGAGGCUAGUAAUCACAGUAGGAAGAAUUCUGUUCCUCGUCUUUCAGGCGAAAACAAGGACAGGCUAGACAAAGCCGAGAUAAGACUAUCAAAGUCUGCAUUUCCCUCAAAUUUGGAUUUGAUUAAGCAGUUAGAUAGCAAAGCAGCCAAACAAGGAAAGAAAGCUGAUACUUUUUCUCUUGUUCGCUCAUCUCAAGCACCUUCUUUGUUACAGCUGAAAGAUGCUGUAUUGUCUAACGCUGUUGAUAUGCGAGCAAAAGUUCCAAAACCAGUUCUUACACCAUCUGGGGUUAGUUCCCGGUCUGUGUCACCUUUUUCAAGGAGACCUAGUCCUCCACGUUCUGCUACACCAGUUCCAACAACGUCAGGACUUUCCUUUUCGAAAAGUGUUACUGAUAGUUUGAAGAAAACAAAUGAAAUUUUGAACCAAGAAGUGCUCAAGUUGCGUGCACAGGUUGAGAACCUGAAACAAAGAUGCGAAUUUCAAGAAUCGGAACUUCAGAAAUCAGGAAAGAAGAUACAAGAAGCUAUGGCGUUAGCUGCGGAAGAAUCUUCCAAAUCUAAAGCUGCAAAAGAUGUUAUAAAAUCACUUACUGCACAGCUGAAGGAUAUGGCUGAGAGAUUACCACCUGGCGUUUAUGACACCGAAAACACGAAAGCAGCUUACCUAACAAAUGGCUUUGAGCCGAAUGGUUUAUAUCAUGCUGAUGCAAAUGGAGAGAGGCAUUCAAGAUCUGAUUCUAUAAGUAUGACUUCCUUGGCUUCCCCCACGAGAGUCGACUCUAUAUUGUCAAACGGAGUGCAAGGUCCAGCCUAUUCAUUCCGGGAUUCAUUUCCAACUAAUGGAAGGGAUGACCAUUCAGAUGCCAGACUGUCAAAUGGUGGUGGAGUUCAAUUUGGUCAUAAUGUGCCUGACGGUGUUGAUGGGAAAGAAUCUAGGUCUCUCCAUGAUGGGGAGCAUGGUGCUAGAUCGAGGGAUUCAGCAUCAGUUGCUAGCAGUAAUCAAGUUGAGGCUGAGUGGAUUGAACAGUAUGAGCCUGGUGUGUAUAUAACACUAGUGGCCUUGCGUGAUGGAACUAGAGAUCUUAAACGAGUGCGAUUUAGCCGAAGAAGAUUUGGGGAGCACCAAGCAGAGACUUGGUGGUCAGAGAAUCGUGAAAAGGUGUAUGAAAAAUAUAAUGUACGUGGAUCAGACAAAUCCUCGGUCUCUGGCCAGGCGGCACGCAGAUCAGAGGGCGCCAUGUCAGUUUCUUCCCAACCUUAAAGGGAGUGAGGGAAGUACGGUCUCGACACAUUUUGUACCUCAGACGACGAUUAGGCGAGAUGAACAUAGGCCAGCACCUGUUUCUUUUGUUCUUUUUUGUUCUCCCCUCCCCUCCCGUCCCAUCAAUUCAUUAUUUUGUUUCAUUUAAGUUGUAGGGUACUUGCCCUUAGAAAUCUGUUGUAUUGUAGUGUAUAUAAAAGCAUCAAUUGUGAGAUAAUCUGGGCAAGAAAGUUUUCUUCCUCGCUUUAACUUCUUUUGAUAGGCAACUCCUCCUGUCCUCGCGGGAGCCUUCUUCUGUGCUCGGGAUGCUAAUAUAUCCUGUAUAAAACAGUUGUUCAUUCAGGUUGUGCCUCAAGGGAUGGCUAUGCUAUGGCGUGUUUUGGAUUCAUCAUUCCAUGUAGCUUCUCCGGGAGGUCAGGUAUUUUCUGGAUACGGACAUUGUAUAGUAAUUCCUGGAGUAUCCAGCUAUUGAUAGUGUAAACAUACAUUUAUUUUGUAAAAGUUAGAGCCUGGAAGGCUGAAAUGAGAAUAGUUGGUUGCAUUAUCAUUUUGGGUUUGAGCACAUGGGUCAGAGUUAGGUGGUCAGGCACGUAGGUUUUGGUUGUUGAGAAAUUAUAGAUCACUGGAUGAUAAUUUUGGAAAUAUUUGGACAAAAUUGCAUGGUUUUUCUUUCU